ACACUGACAGACACGACUUUCAAAUGACAUGAAAAUUGAAAAAUAAUGUAAUUUUAUUUGAUAAAUAUUUUUUAGAAUUUAUUCUAAAUAAUUAAGAUUGUAGUGAUAAUGAAAAUUAAUAAAUUAUAAACUAAAAUGUUUUCCUGUGUUGUGUAGAACAUUUUAAAAGUUAUUUUGUAGGUUGCCAACAAAACCGAGUGCGCAAUUGAACAAAAAUGAGGACCCGAAGUAAUUCGGGCGUACGUCUAGAUUAUUAUCAAAGAGUGGUCCACAAGUUAAUUUUGGAUCACCAGCAGCCUGUGACAGGCUUAUUUCCAGCCAGUUCUCAGAAUGAUCAUGCAUGGAUCAGAGACAAUCUUUACUGUAUCUUGGCAGUAUGGGGUCUAUCCAUGGCAUUCAAAAAAAUCGCUGAUCAGGAUGAAGAUCGUGCCAAAACAUAUGAGUUGGAACAGAGCUGCGUAAAGCUUAUGAGAGGACUCUUAAUGGCAAUGAUGCAACAAAAAGAUAAGGUGGAAAAAUUCAAGAGCACACAACAUCCAUUGGAUUCCCUUCAUGCCAAGUAUUCUUCCAGAACUGGCCAAACUGUUGUUAAGGACAGUGAAUGGGGUCACCUCCAAAUUGAUGCCAUUUCACUUUACCUUCUCAUCCUCGCACAGAUGACUGCAUCUGGUUUGCAAAUAGUAUUUUCUUUAGAUGAAGUUGCAUUCAUCCAAAAUUUAGUUUUUUAUAUUGAGUCUGCAUAUUGCACACCUGAUUAUGGUAUUUGGGAAAGAGGUGACAAAACCAAUCAUGGUUUACCUGAGCUUAAUGCCAGUUCUAUUGGCAUGGCUAAAGCGGCUCUUGAAGCUAUGAACGAACUUGAUCUUUUUGGUGCCCGUGGAGGACCUUCCAGCGUUAUUCAUGUGUUGGCAGACGAAGCACAAAAAUGCCAAGCUGUGUUACAGUCAAUGCUGCCAAGAGAGUCAAAUAGCAAGGAAUUGGAUUCCGGCUUACUGUCAAUUAUUAGUUACCCAGCGUUUGCUGUUGACGAUCCUCAAUUAAUAACUAAAACAAGGGAUACCAUAGUCUCAAAGCUUCAAGGGAAAUAUGGUUGCAAGAGAUUCUUGAGAGAUGGACACAAAACACCACGAGAAGACCCCAAUAGAUUAUACUAUGAACCAUGGGAGCUACGAAUGUUUGAGAAUAUAGAAUGCGAAUGGCCUUUAUUCUUCAGCUACCUCAUACUAGAUUACUGCUUCCAAGGGGAUAAGAAUAAUGUUACUGAUUAUAUGCAGAGACUUGAAAAAAUCAUGAUUAGGAAAGACGAUGGGAUAAAAUUAGUUCCUGAAUUAUAUGCAGUGCCUGGUGACAAGGCCUACCAGGAACAGGCAGAACCUGGUAGCCAAGAACGCAUACCACUUGGAAGAUGUCCAUUCAUCUGGGGCCAAUCUUUAUACAUCCUCGGGAAAUUAUUGCAAGAGGGAUUUUUGGCAGUCGGAGAAUUGGAUCCACUGAACAGAAGGUUGUGUUCAGAAAAGAAGCCUGAUGUUGUUGUACAGAUAGUAAUUUUGGCUGAAGACAAUGAGAUAAGGGACAAGUUGCUGGAACAUGAUCUCCAUGUGCAAACAAUCAGUGAAGUUGCACCUAUAGAAGUGCAACCAGCUAGAGUAUUAAGUCAUCUUUAUACAUAUCUAGGUCGAAACAAGAAGCUUGGUUUAUCUGGAAGAAAGUCUCGCGACGUGGGCAUUCUUAGUACUAGCAAGUUAUACUCACUAAAUGAACGCAUAUUUGCGUUCACACCACAGAAUUUCGACUAUGAGGAGUACUACAUGACGCGCGACCCGGCUUUGCUCGCGAGUACAUUCACAGCGAACGUCGCGUUCCUCGGCAUGAGUUGGAAGCAAAUGUUGGGCAGACCGACCAUCACUUUGUUAGCUACACAAUACCUUUUAGAUCAAGGAAAAAUCCCCAUGGCAAUGAUAACUACUAUGAAGAAACUAAAAUCUGGUUACAUUAACGGCACGAGAGUGACCUUGGGCAAUCUUGGUGAUUUUUUGAGCACAUCAGCUAUAACCAAUUUGAGUUUUCUGGGCAGUCAGGAAGAUGGUUAUCCAGACAAGUUAAACCCGCAAGUGCACAGCUACUUGGAGGAUCAUCUCCUGAAGUCGUUCAGCAACAAAUUCAGCUUCCUCUCCCGCCCCACCGUCGCCCGGAACUCGCGCAUGUUGCGGCGACGCAUGUCCGUGCGGGGGGCUAUCAAGAAGACGAGGUCUAUUAAUGUUGACUCUGAAACCUUGGGAAUGGAAGGCGAAAAUGUUGGUCCUCACUUGGAAAAGAAAGCGUCGUGGCUCGAAAUGGAUCCAACUUACGGACGUAGUCCAUCGCCUGAAAUAACUAAGAAAAAAGCUAUCACCAAGGGCACAUCAACGACAAGUUUGGGUGUAGUGACUCCGACAAUCGAAAUAAGUAAAGAAGUAACCCCACCUCCGCAAAAAACAGAAGCUGUAGUGAAGAACCCGCCAUUACGAAACCGAACGAUAUCCGAGAGCCAGAGCAUCGCGUACGCGGAGCAGGAGACCGACGAACUCAUAGCGAUGCUGCGAGAGACCGAGAAUCUCGACGAGCAAGGCGACAUACUGCAGUACUUGGUGGAUACACACGGACUGGAAUUCGCUACCGGCAUGUUGGAAAACGGUAAGCCUGUGACGGUAAAGGACUUGCUCAAGGCUCUAUACGAGAAAGCAUGCACUCAAAAGCUGUGGGGCCUGGUGAGGCACACGGCAGGCAUGCUGGGCAAGCGUGUGGAAGACCUGGCCAAGGCUGUCACAGAUCUACUGGUGAGGCAGAAACAGAUCACCGUGGGCAUGCCGCCCAACAACGAGCACACCAUCACUGCGCCGCUACCAGAGAAUGAGUUGAGGCAGUUGAUACAUGUGGCCUAUGGAGACGACGAGAGUACAGCCAUGUUGACUCAGGAGCUGCUGGUGUAUCUCGCCAUGUUCAUACGCACCGAACCGCAGCUGUUCUUGGAGAUGUUGAGGCUUAGAGUCGGACUUAUUAUUCAGGUAAUGGCAACAGAGUUGUCCCGCACAUUGUCCUGCGACGGCGAAGAGGCGUCGGAACAUUUGUUGAACCUUUCUCCUUUCGAGAUGAAGAACUUGCUCCAUCACAUACUUAGCGGCAAGGAGUUUGCUAUCAACAGUGCACAUUCUAUAUUUUUCGGUAUAAAAGAAAAAUAUAAUAAAGCUGGCCGUGGAAAUAUAUCUAUCGUGAGCAACAAGUCGACUCGGUAUACGAAAAAAUCUCAAAUAGUCUUAGAAGGUCAAGGACUCCAGGGCACUAUAGAUGAAGCGCCCAUAGCGGAACCGGAUCGCCAAGGUCAGUGGCUGCGGCGAAGGAGGCUCGACGGCGCUCUGAACCGCGUCCCCAGAGACUUCUAUCCACGCGUGUGGGGAGUUUUGGAAAAGUGUCAAGGGCUGGUGAUCCAGGGAAAAGUGUUGCAACAAAAUUUGACCCAAGAGAUGACGUCUGGAGAGUUGAAAUUCGCAUUGGCAGUCGAGACAGUUCUCAACUCGAUCCCUCAGCCGGAGUACAGACAGCUGGUGGUGGAGGCUCUCAUGGUGCUGACCCUCAUCGUGGAGUACAAGGCGGUGGACCAGCUCGGCGGGAUGAUCACUGUUGAACACUUGGUGCAGAAGGCUAAUCAGAUAUUCUUGGAAGACCAGAUGCGGUGCAACGGCGACGCGACGCUGUGCUGCGCGGCGGGCGCGUGCGGCGGCGCGCUGGUGUGCGGCGGCGCGGCCGGCGUGUGCCAGCACCUGUACGACUCGGCGCCCAGCGGCAGCUACGGCACCAUGACGUACCUGGCGCGCGCCGUGGCCGGCCUGCUGGCGGACCACUUGCCGCACCUGGCGCCCAUCGAGUGCGCCAUCACUUAGAUGUGGUGUGGAACUCAACAAAUGCCUCUACUUAAGCCUAAUCGUGCUAUCGCUUUGAUAUUUUUAUUUUUUAAAAGUUAUUAGUAGAUAAAAGUUGUUAUUAGAGUUAUAUUAUCGUACAAAGAUGUAUCGAGUACGGCUCUUGCCAUUGUGAUUUGUAAAAUUGUUAUUAGCGGUUCAACAUGCGUCAGUAAAUGUUAAAAACAACCGGAAUUCGUCCUAUUUAUAUUUACAAUAAUGAAUCAGUUUUUCUUGAUUAACAUUUAAGCGUUUCAGUAAAUUCAAACUAUUCAAAUCGAAUUGAGUAAGUAUAUCAUCUGAGGCCAGUGGCAAAUUCAUUGUGGACGCUACCCUUUGACAAUGCAGAUCUGUGUGUUCAUAAAAUUAUACUAUAUUUGGAAUGUUAAAUUGUGUUGAUUAAAUUUUAUACUGCAGAUUUAUAUUAGGACUUGAUAGCUAAAAGAUUCUAUAAUUUAAAAAUCUCAUAAUAAUAUAUUUUGUGGUAAACAUUAAACAAUUUAACCAGCAUAAAAUUCGUUUUAUUGCUAAACUGUAUGUAUAUAUAAUAUGGCUAAAAUUGAUUUAUUGAUGAAAAACAAAAUGUUUAUGAGUUGACGCAAUCUGAGGAAGACACAACCGAUAUUGUUUUUUACUACCUAAUAAAUCAGUUUUGACAUAUUUUAAUGUUUUAACAGUAAGUAUUGGUUAUUUUUGCAAUAACAAAAACAAAUGUUUAUUAAAUAAUAUUGUUGAUAUUUAUUUUUGUAUCGAUCACUAUAUUUUGAUACAUAAGUAUUUUUUACCUCUAGUAUUAUUUAGGCAUGAAUUUUGACAAUUUAGAUAAAAAAAAUUACUUAAUCAACUUCUACAUAGUACUUUGUUGUCUGAACUAAUCAUGUAGCUGACAAUUUUAUAUGAAUAUUGUAUAUUGUAAUUAAAUCCUACAAAUUAGUCUUAUAAGCAAUGUGUUAAUAAAUAUCUGUCAUUAA